ACAAGACAAUGUAUGUUUUCAAAUGUUUUUUCUUAUCUGCAGUUCCUUUGAUAUCCAUGCUUGACAUGGAAUCUCACCACAUCCCUCAAGCAUGCCUAAACUACGCUUACCUUCUCUUCGGAAAGGGAGCAUUUCGCGAAACGCUUCACAUACGGGGGAAAGUGAAAAAAGGGAAAUUAAGAGGCCAUUCCGAAAAACAUAGUUCAUUUGUCCGUGUGAUUCUUCAAAAUGUCACUCUGGAAACAGAAGUUGGAAAGGGAGUGUCUCCAACUUAUGAACAAGAGUUUGUCUUUGAGACAAACCGCUUGGACCAGACACUGUGUUUCCAACUGUGGGAGAAAGGAUUCUUCAAGGACAAUCUGCUGGGAAGUGCUUGGAUUCCACUGAUGCAGAUUCAUCAUUCAAAUGCCGAGGGGAGUGGUGCAUGGGUGCAGCUGAGUAAUGAGUCGUCCAAAGGUCUGGUGUCUUCAGGCCAUUUAUUACUUGUGGAUACUCGGUUUGAACUGCCGUCAGGACUUUCAGAAGAAGAGGCAUUAGCACUCCAAAAUAAACUGGAUUCAUUUUACACCAUCAUGAAUCAGGAAAUGGAAGUUCUGAAGGAGCAAUCCCGGAAAGUACACAGAGAAAAGGAUUUAAAGAACCUUAAUGAUGAAUUAGACAGUGCCUACACAAGUGAUGCAGCCCUCUACAAUCCCUACUUGGACUCAGACCCGGAAAUGAAUUACCAAGAUUCAGAUGACAUUGCUGAUGGGCGUUUCAGUGACAGUGAAGCUGAUAGAGACAGACUAAUGAUCAGCUACACAGAACAUUUUGAUCAUACUAUUGCAUGUACCUCCGAUGACAUCCGUGAAGAACUGGAAGAGGAUGAAGAGGAAGAUGCCAUGUUGUCAACAUCUGUUUUGCCUGAAAGCCAGCAAGGAGAAGAGGGUGAUUAUUUCUUUGAAGAAUUAUUGGAGUCAAGCAUGGAGGUUGAAGAAGGAGCUGAAAUCUUUGAUGAGGAGGUAGUAGUCACUGAACAGCUUGAUCCAGAGACAAUGGAAGCAACAUUAAAGAAACCAGUGCAAUGCAAUGAAAGUGAUAAUGAUAAUGAUAAUGACAACCCAGACAGAAAUGGACCCCUGCGGCGAAAGGGAGGUUUCAGAGUAUCUCCAGGAACCACACGCAGAUGCUCCUGGGAUGAAAAAACUAAAGAACUUCUCAACUCUGCAAAUUCUAGUUCUCUGAUGAGGAAAAGAAGACCCUCAAUUCCCUUUCAACCAAAACCAAGCACAAAACAGAUAAGAAAACCUCACAUGAUGAUGUCACAAAGAGCUCAUUUGAAUGAUGAAGAGCUGAAACUGCAUGUUUAUAAGAAGACGCUUCAGGCACUUAUUUAUCCCAUAUCAGACACCACACCUCACAGAUUUGAGAUUUGGUCGACUCAAGUGCCUGCCUACUGCUAUGAAUGCGAAGGUCUUCUUUGGGGUCUGGCAAGACAAGGUCUUAAAUGCAAAGAGUGUGGAGUCAAAUGUCAUGAGAGGUGUAAGGACUUACUGAAUGCUGAUUGCUUACAACGUGCCGCUGAGAAAUCAGCUAAACACGGUACAGAUGACAAAACACAUUCCAUCAUUGUUGCUAUGAAGGCAAGAAUGGAAUCCAGAGAAGCAACUAGACCGGAAAUAUUUGAGCAAAUCAGUGAAGUGUUCCACAUGGUGCCCAAAACACAUGCUGGACACAUGAAAGCUGUCAAAAACUUGAUCCUAGAUGGAACUUCUAAGUGGUUGGCAAAAAUAUUCAUCACAGGUAAAGUGAAGUUGAUCUCACCCAGCACAAUUGCAAGUUUUUCCCAGGCUCAUGCGAACGCUCAUCUAGAGAUAUCAAGGAGAUUUGAUUGUAGUGUAAAGGUAUACUUCCAGGAUGAAGUGAGAUGCCUACAUGUCCUUUUUCUGAAAGAACAACUGUGCCAAUGCAAACAGUGUUUUGAUUCAUUGCAUCAUUCUUUUUUCUUCUUGGACAGUGAGUGUCACAACUCAUCUGAUAGAAUCAAAGUGCGGGUUUGGGAUGAAGAUGAUGAUAUCAAAGCCAGAGUACGAUCAAAACUGAUCAGAGAGCCUGAUGACUUCCUUGGGCAGACAAUCAUUGAAGUGCGGACACUCAGUGGAGAGAUGGAUGUGUGGUACAAUCUGGAAAAGAGAACAGACAGGUCAGCUGUGUCUGGUGCAAUACGUCUUAGAAUACGUAUUGAGAUCAAAGGAGAAGAGAAGGUUGUACCAUAUCAUCAACAGUACACCUGUCUUCAUGAGAAUGUCUUCCAUUUUCUGUGUGAAAAGAACAAUGGUCAAGUUCCUCUUCCGUGUUCUAGUUCAAGAGAAGAUCCAUGGAAAGUGUUUUUUCCUCAACCAGCUCUUGAAAUAGUGAAUGAGUUUGCCAUGCGAUAUGGAAUUGAAAGUAUCUACCAAGCAAUGACUCACUUGUCCUGUCUUACAGCGUGUUACAUGUGUCCCGGUGUCCCUGCCGUCAUCAGCAGUUUGCUUGCAAACAUAAAUGCUUUCUUUUCUCACACCACGACAAACUCUGCCACGUCUGCUUCACACAGAUUCACCUCAACAAACUUUGGGAGUGAAAAGUUUGUGAAGAUCGUGGAUCAUCUUUACAACACAUUGAGAAUUGACAUUGCCAAUUACCGGACAAACUUUCCAUCAUCUAGUGCUGAGAAACUUGUUGAUUUAAAGUCCUCAGUUGAUCUGUUAACGAGUGUCACCUUUUUCAGAAUGAAGGUCCUUGGUCAGCGACCCACCAGGACAGCAGAAAUUGUGCGUGAAUGUGUUAAGAACUGCAUGAAAGGAAGCUAUGCAUACCUCUAUGCAAACUGUGCAGAGUUGUAUGACAGAGAGCUUGCUUCAGAGAGCACCUCUUUGGACCGAAAUGGUAUACCAGCUGGCCCUAAGAACCUGGAUUUCUGGCCAAAACUGAUUUCACUGGUUGUGUCAGUGAUCGAGGAAGAUAAGAGUAUCUAUACGCAAGUUCUCAACCAGUUUCCAACUGAACUGAAUGUGGGAGAAGUCAGUGCACAGGUGUUUUGGAACAUGUUUUGUUCUGAUCUCCAGGAGAUGUUGAAAGAACACAACAUUCGACAACAGUCUCGAUGGAGUAGUGCUGAUUAUAUGAACCUUCACUUCAAGGUCAAGUGGUUUUACAGUGAGUUUGUCAGUCAUUGUCCAGAACACAAAGGCAAAGUGCCAGAAUAUCCCAGCUGGUUUGAGCCAUUUGUUUCACAGUGGCUGACUGAGAAUGAUGAAGUCUCAAUGGAAUUUAUGAUUGGAGCACUUGAAAGAGACAAGCGAGAUGGGUUUCCUACCAGUUCUCCACACACUUUGUUCUCAAACUCAGUGGUUGACAUUUUCUGCUCACUGAACCAGAGCUUUGAGAUUGUCCGAAAACUUGACUGUCCUGAUCCAGAAAUUCAAACUCGCUAUCUAAUCAAGUUUACUGUGACUGUGCAGAAUGUCUUGCUUCAGUAUGCUGAGAAAAUCAUUAAAGAAUUUAGUAUUUGGUGUGAUCAGGGAAAAACAGCAUGUAUUCUAAUGAACAACAUACAACAGCUGCGAGUUCAGCUGGAGAAGCUUUAUGAAACAAUGGGUGGAGGAGAAAAGCUUUCCCCAGAGUGUAGUGAAGUGUUCAAGGAGCUACAAGUCAAACUGAAUCUCACUCUGGAUGAAUUGUGUGUUGUAUUUGUUCAAAGCCUUGAUUCUACAAUACAAGAAAGUGUCAAGGGUGUUGGAAACUUGCUCUUCAAGAUUAAAAGCACUGGCAGCUUUAAUCCUGUAAUGCUGAGUAGUAAAGAAGCUAUUCAGAAUGACUCAGAGACAAUACUUCAACCACUGCUAGGAAUUCUUGAAGGAAGCUUGGAACUUUUUUACAAUGCUUGUGAGAAAACUGUAUUAAAGAGAUUGCUUAAGGAACUGUGGAAGAUUGUGAUGUUGAACAUUGAGAAGAUUGUUGUUUUACCACCUUUACCUGAUAUCAAGGAAAUGGGAGGAAUAACUGGAUCCGAUUCCAGAAACAUGAGUGUAAAGCAGUGCUAUGUGCUGGAAUCUGCUCUUGUAAGAAUAAAGGACUACUUCCAUGCUUCUGGUAAAGGGCUGAAGAAGACAUAUUUGGACAAGUGUGCAUAUUUGCAGUCUCUCAAAUCAGCAUUGUCACUGUACACACAGACCACUGACUCACUUAUUAAAGAAUUUGUAAAGAGUCAGACUUCACAAGAGGAUCCAGGAGUUGAUGACCCAGUGGGGGAGGUGUCAGUACAAGUGGAUCUCUUCACCCACCCAGGGACAGGAGAACACAAGGUUACAGUCAAAGUUGUUGCUGCCAAGGACUUAAGAUGGCAAUCACCUGGGAUGUUCCGUCCUUUUGUGGAAGUGAACAUUGUGGGCCCCAACCUCAAUGGAAAGCGACGCAAAAAUUCCACCAGAUCAAAGAACAACAACUGGUCUCCAACAUACAAUGAAACAUUUGUCUUCAUCUUAAGCAAUGAAGGUGACCUGGAAUCUUAUGAGCUUCAUAUAUGUGUCAAGGACUACUGCUUUGCACGAUCAGACAACCUUGUAGGCAUGACAGUGCUGCAUUUGAAGAACAUUGCGGAGAUGGGGUCAUGUGCGUGCACUCCAGCUCUUGGUCGUUACAUCCAAAUGGACCCCAAAGGUUGGACCAUACUGAAGAUCCUUUCACAAAGAAUGAAUGAUGAAGUUGCCCGUGAGUUUGUCUUCCUCAAAAAUAACAGCAGAUCUGAGGGAUUUGACUAGUUGAACUAUCAUCACAUUGUGAUAACUUAUCUUGGGAUAUUUAUUUAAUAUAUUCUGACCACGACAAACAAUGUUUUGAGAAAUAUAUACUAAGCUUCUCUGAUUCUGCCAUUUCUGUGUCAAUGGAAGAAUUUGUUAAAUAAAAUAUUGCUUGUUAAUGCAUGCUUAGUUCUGUAAAUUAAUAUAUAACUGAAGAAAAGAAAAAAAAAAGAUUAGGACGAGUUAAUUUAUGCGACUUUGUCAUAAAUGAUUCUUAUAGACUAUCAUGAUGCAAAUGAAAAGUUUGGUGCAUUAUUUUGAAAGUAAACAAAUGAAUACUGUACAGCACUGAGUUUUGAAAAAGAGAAAAUUUGUUAAAACAAUAUGCACCAUAAAGUGUUUAAGUAAGUCUAAAUGCUUCUGACAGAUCUUGUCUCAUGUUACAAGGAGGUUUGUUAAUUUGCCUUUAUGUUUUUCGAAUUUUCACUAGAAGACAAAAUGUUUCCAGAAUAUGGAAUAACCUGAGAAUCAUGAAAUUUUUUUUUUUUUCUGGUGUUCUGUUUUGCUAUCGGAAUCAUUUUGCAAAAACACCUUUGAAUGAAAAGGAAAGAAAAACAUUGAUAUAACUUUACUUGACAUAGAGCUGAGCUGUUUUGUUCGUAAAACUUUUCAAUAUCUUUCUGUUUCCUAAAAUACACAAGUUUACAUGUAUAUAUUAAAUUUAAUGAAACACUUAAUGCAUAGUGUCAGGAAUGUAUGACCAACGUACACUUCCGUAGAAGUCUUAUAAAAUAGCUGUUUCUAAUUUAUUAGAGGCCAGUUAGGAUAGUGUUAAUUCAAUAACAUUUACAAGUUCCAUGGUCACUUAGUUUGAAUACCUAAAUGAUAUAAUUAUACUAAAUGUUAGUUAUCAUGAUAUUAUUAGAACAUUGUUAGUAUUAAUAAUUAUUGUAUGUUGACUUUUGUAUUUAAAUAUAAUCAUGUACUUUACACAAGCAUGUGGUACUUUGAAUUCACAUGUGGUCUGGGGCCAUAUUUGCAUUCCCUAUUUAACAGCUGGACUUAAUUAUGAGCCUGCAUUUGAUGCAAGCAGUUAGUUAACAAGGCAGAGCCAAGUUGACCAUCACCUAGAGAAUUAUUUGUAGCAAAUAGUGAAAUAAGAUAAUAUGUUUUAGUAUAUAUGCUUUAACAAAGAGUAAUCAGGAACGUACAAUUUUGGAUAAUUUGAAAUCAACCCAACAAUGCAUGUCCCUUUCAAAGGGACAUGCAUAAAGUGUGUCAGCAAAUAGUCAAUGAUUAGAUGAUCAAUCAAAUUUGACUGUGUAUUUGCAAAUUAUAAAGAGAACAUUCAUUUAGGAGAUGUUUCCAUAUAUUUCCAUAAGGAACGCCAUUUAAAACUUUGGUAUGUUGAAAUGAUCACUAUGAUUAAAAUGCUCUAUAAAUUUUGGACUUUUUGUUGAAUGCAACAAAGUUAACCCUGUAGAACUGAGCACUUUAGUCACUGGUAAUGUUCUUUGAAUUUUUGUAACACUUUCCAAAUGACAUAAGAAUGACAUACCAGACCAACUGUGUAACAAAAAAUGUUUAUCGAAUUCUCCCAAGAUGAAUUGACAUAGGGUAUGAUUGAUGGAAAUGAGAAUGAAUUUGACCUUAAAGAUAUCUGGGGUUGCAGGGUGAACUAGCAAUACAUAAGGGUUUCGAGAUCUUCUCAUAGCAUGGAAACUGUGAUUUGAACUAACCUCUGAUAGUUCUUAUUGUAUUUUGGCAUCAUAAGUUUGCUGUGUAUGUCAUGGUCUUCACAGUUAAACUGAAUAUACAUAGCAUCUGAGGGCUGGGCCCAUCAGUGGAUUGCAGUUAGCUCUAGAGACUACUGGUGCAAAUUUCUUGUAUUGCCUGUCUGGUCCAUAUCUGCUGGGAGAGAGUACUAAAAAAAUUGGUUAACUAGCUGUAGUUGAGUAGUCUGUCCUGUAAAUAAUAGUAAAAAGAGACUGUGAUAAGAAUGAUGUAGAAUCACAUUUGUUUUUGGCAUCAGAUCAAAUUUCAAUUAUAUGUGCUGAUACAACUAAGGGGAAUUUUUUCACUGUAUGCUGGCUUUUGACUGAAGUAUCAUUUACUCUUAUAGGAAAGUACACAUUAUAAUGUCUGUGCAGUUUUCAAUAAAAAUGUUAAUAAAUGAUUGCAUGAUUUUGAGAAGCUCUAGACUCGGUGAUAUAAUAGGAACAAAUUUAAAUGAAACUAAAUGGGAAGUAAGGGUCAUAGCUUCAAUGCCAAGGUUAGUAAUGAAUAUUUACAUUAUUGUAACACUUUGGCUGUGUGUUCUGGGUACGUCAGCUUCAAUCUGCGUACUCUUCCAUAAAAUGUAGUUCAUUCCAGAUAGUUUUGGACAGGUACACUGUAUUUCAGUUUUACAGAAGUACAUUAUUUUUGAUAAAACAAAAAGUGAAUAAAGGAAAGUAAAAACCAAACUGACUAGUUGCCCCAUCCUUUGGUAACUCGACACUGAGCUGUCCUCAACUGCAAUGGCCAAUCCCCUCUAUGAGAUGCCCCUGUAGGGAAUUGUGUUAGUUGUAUUCAUGUUAAAAAAAAGACCUUUGGUGCCCUGUAUACAAAGCCCAAUUUGAUAUCUGAUUGUGUGGCUUAUACAGCAUUUUUCAAGGCAUAUCAUGAUUAUCAGCAGUCUCAUUCUUAAAAGAUAUAGAGGCCCAGGGGUCGAGGAUGCAUCAUCCUUUAAGUGCUUGCAAUUACUCAUGGUUGCUACAGGCAUCACUUCAAAAUUCCCUGACUUUUCCCAGAUCAAGAUGGCAUUUCCCUGACCAAAAAAUACAAAAUGUCAGAUCUAGAAGCAGCUUCUAGCUUGAACUUUCAGCCGUCCUUCCUACAUGUUUAUUAAGAUGGAUAUGUUGUCAACAAAUUUUCCUUCUUCAUUAAGGAGAAAAUAAUAUUGUUAAGAUCAGUCACCCUGAAUGUUUCUCCCAACCCUCAAUGUUAAAUCGGUGUUAAAUCAGCUGUGUUGAAAUUAUUUCAAUUUUCCCUGACUUUCCUCAAAAUGUCAAUUUUCCAUGACUCAAAAUAACAUUCCCUGCCUUUUCCCUGACUAUUUCCUGACCUGUGGAAACCCUGUUACUGCAGCUUCUGUGCAUCCUUAAGUUGCAGUUGUACAUGUAAAUUGACAGGAAGACAACCAGAUGAAACAUUAAACAACCAAUCUUUCUUACUGGGUAAUUUCUAAAAAGAAUAAAGCUGAGAAUUUGCCAAAGAAGAGAAGUCUGGCACAUUUCUUGGUGCACCUUUAAUUAAACAUAAAAUAGCAGUUUUGAAAAUUCCUGAUAAGAAGCAAAGAGUAUUUUACAAGCUAAGGGAUUUUAAAAAUUUACUGAAUAUUAUUUAUAUGCUUAUCACUUCCAUUCUGUUACUUUGAGGGUCAAAAAUAAUAUACAAGGCACAAAAACUGGUUUACCAUGAAAUCCCCUAAACUCCCAUGACAUCAAGCCCCCCCCCCGCCCCCCGCCCUCAAAAAGAAAAUCUUAUUAAUGUCUCUCAAUUUGAAGCCCCCUAUCACAAAGCCGUUUUGUAUUUAUACCAAAAGCUGUGAUGUUCAUUCUGCAGCUACUGUAGUUCUUGCUUCACAUCAUUCCACUUGCGCAAAAAAUUCUUAGUUCCAUCUUGAAAUUUCCUACAAUGAUCAGGCUAACUUGAAAAUGAUCAGCUCCUUUUAGACGAAAUAGACAUAAUGAAAUGUUCUAAGGGCAGUGAUGGCUUAUUUUGGCAAGGUUGCAUUAGAUCAUUAAAACAAAAUGACUUUUUUUUUAUCUAAAAUAUGGUAAAACAGUCAUUAUACAGAAAGGAAAAUUAAUUUUAUCUAUAACAUUUAAAGGAGAAGGUCACUCUGGAAAACCUAUUUUUUUGUCAACGCUAAUUGAAACUUCACACUAAGUUUCGUCACUCAUCGAAGUUUCAGCCUCUUAAGUGCAGGUUUUCCUUAUGAAAUUCAUCUCCAUCAAAGCCCAAACUUCGACAUCGUUGCCGCCAUUUUGAACAGUACUCAGCAGCCAGGCUGUGUUUUCAUGAGGUCAUUCCAUCCAAGACAUUUGGUCCAAAUGGCUUCUAACAAGCCUUUUAACUACCACUCUGGGCCAUGGCUGCUCUGAAGCUGUAUUAUUUUGGGCCAAACAUGCUCCAAACUCCGAAAAUGAAAGCAGUGAAGAUAGGGAAGUGGAUAAUUGCUUGGAAUAAAAUACAUUUUACUGACCUUGUGAAGGAUGCAUAGGUCAGGUCCAGGUUUUUCUCCUUCCCGCCAAUGUCUAGUUGGACGGAAUUAUGUCACAUAAACACGGCCUGGCUGCCAAGUACAGUCAAAAUGGCAGCCUAUGAAGUUGCUUCUUUCGAGACAAAUUUCUUCAGGAUAGCAAGCACUUAAGCGGUUGAAACUUCAGUGAGUGAAAAAGCUGAAUGUUUACUUGCUAUAGACGAAGACAAAAAUAUAAGCUUUUUGAAGUGACCUUCUCCUUUAACUAUGAGGAUAUUGCCAUAGCCAUAAAGUUUCUGCUGUCUCCUUGAGUCAUGCACUCUUGGGAAAGAGAGUGUCUAUCUGGGGAGUGUUUGUCUCAAGGGGGGAGACAACUGAAAUUCUGCCAGCUAAUUAAUAUAUGCCAUAGACUGAGUAAAAUGAAAAAAAAAAGGCAGCAAAUUGAGCUUGUUAUGGACUGUCUUGCUGGCAUGCUGAAAUUGCCAGCCCAUGUCAGGUCUAUAAACAAUUUAAAUUUGAUGACUGCUUUGAUCAUCUCUUAAUGUUUCUGUCAUGCUUAAUGAUUUCAUAGCAAACUUGUGCAUAACAUAAAGUGCCAUAUUUUCUUGAUAAAAUCCCAGGUACCAAAUAAACGCUAGGUACCCAUGGUCAAAU